UGUGAACGCAUCGUGGAAGUUGGGUCAUUUUAAUGUGAUCAUAUUUUCGUCUGUAACAUAAAUGGCGCCAAAUACAAGAAGAACCCUACACACCUGUAUCUUAUAUAAACCCUACUCAACUUCCAUUACUGUCCAUAACCACAAGAACUAAAUCACAGAGUCACAUAGACGUACAAAACUAGAUUCCCAUUCUUGGAUCACCAAAGUUGUUGAAGAUGGUUUCGUACGAAUAUGUUUUGGCUGGGGUGUUGGUUUUUUUGCUGGGCUCUAUUUUCUUCAUGAUCAUCAGCUCUACUUUGGGGGGAAAGAAACAAUUCAAGGUUUUAGAGUUAGUAAAGAGUGAUGGGUUCGGAAACGCUAAGUCUCUGCCCGAAAUGGAGGAGGAGAAAAGUACCGAUGUCGUCAUUGUCGGCGCCAGAGUUGCUGGUGCAGCUCUUGCAUACACUCUUGCCAAGGAAGGACGACGUGUACAUGUAAUUGAAAGAGACUCGAGUGAGCCAGACAGAAUUGUUGGGGAGCUGUUGCAGCCUGGGGGAUAUCUCAAAUUGAUUGAGUUGGGUCUUGAAUAUAGUGCAAAUGAGUCGAUUGAUGCCCAGAAAGUGUUUGGUUAUGCUCUUUACAAAGAUGGGAAGGAUAUAACACUCUCUUAUCCCUUGGAAAGUUACCGUUCAGAUGUACGUGGUCGGGAGGAGUUUCCACAAUGGGCGUUUCAUUCAAAGAAUGCGUGAAAAAGCUACCAUGCACUCUUUCAAAGUAAUGCACAUUUCCCUUCCAGUAUAUUACAAUAUUUGUAUUCUACGGAUUCUUUAUGUGAUUACUGAGGUGGAUUCUGUUUCAAGUUUGAAUCUUUUACUCAUGUCCCAUGGAAUUCCAUUGCAAUGUGAAAAUGGAACAAGGAUCGGUGACAACACUAAUAUUAGAGGAAAAGGGCAUUGUCAAAGGGGUGAUUUACAAGAACAAGGCUGGAGAGGAGAUGAGAACAUAUGCUCCACUAACAAUCGUGUGCGAUGGCUGCUUUUCAAAUUUGCGAAAAUCUCUUAGUGCUCCAAAGAUGCCCAGAAAGAUCAGUGCUUUUGGGUCUUGGCCGGCUGUGAUCGGUGAAUUUAUGAGCGGUGAUCAGUGGGUCUUGGCCGGCGGUGAAACAUGCCCAUUGGACGGUGGUGAGGGCUGGAGUCGAUUGGGGAGAUGACGGUGGAGAAAAGGUGCAGCGGUGAGGUCAUAGAUGAAGAAGAAGGAGCUGUAAGAGAAGAGAUGGGAAAGAGAGAGAAGAGAUCUGGGUAGGAAUCUGAAAGUUUCAGUGUGGGUAGGAAGAGAGAGACAGAGAAAGAGAAGAGAAGGAAAGAGGGAGAAGGAGAGAGAAAUAAUAAAAUAAUAAAAGACAGAUGAGUUUGGUGCUGUCAAAUUUGACAACCCAAGUGAAGAGGUCAUUUCCACAUCAUCUUUGGCUUAUGGGUUGGAGUGAUUUCAUAUGUCUUUUAUUACCAUUAAAAACCUCCAAGUGGAUUUGACUACUCCAUUGGAGAUAGUCUAAGAAAUUGAAGAAUUGGAAGUGGCGACAGGGAAGAAAGGAACACAAUCAGAUGUUUAGAAAAGAGAAGGAAAAAAAAUAGACACAUGUUGAACGGUUGGAAAGACAUGAUAGGGUUGGUUAGGAAUUGCUGACCAUAUAUGGUUAGUUAAGUACUAUCCCUCCAAGAAAAUGAGGGCCAAACAAAUUUCUAAUACAUUUUACAUUUUCCGACGUCUUCCAAUCCUGGAAAUCAAAUUUUCCACCUGG